AUGGAAGAUUGUCGUUCUGAGAAUAGUCCCAGAAGGAUCUUCGGCUUCUCUAACAAUAAGAGGGAGACUGUGUUCUUUCCAGAUUCAGAUGAAAAGGGUUAUGGGUUUUGUGUUUCUGGAGAGCGUGGCCCCAAGCCCUCAGAAGUUUAUGGAUUUGUAGGGUCCAUUUCAACUCUCGUUGCCACAGUUAUUUUCCUGGUAUGGGCAUAUGUUCCUGAGAGUUGGCUGCAUUCUGUUGGGAUAUUUUACUACCCUAGCAGGUACUGGGCAUUAGCGGUUCCAGCUUCUGCUAUGGUGACAGUGGUAUUUGCAAUUGGAUUUUACACUGGACUCAACUUCUUGGCAACCCCUCAUCCAACUUCCUACAGCACAAUGUUUGAUGAAUUCAGCUGGGAUCCUUUUAGCUUUGUCUUUUCGGCAGAAAAACAUGAGCAGCCCAUUGAACCCAUAGCUGAUAUUGGCAUCAACCAAGUCAAUGAUCUCAUGAGGAAAUGGCCUCUCAAAAUAUUUAGAGCUGUUUCUGGCACUAAACUCACAGAAAUGCUGCUGCUCUCAUAUUUGCUAGGAGGAAAUGGCGUCUCAACUUAUUUAGAGAUGCACACACGAACAAAGUUGCCUCUGCUCACAGCCGGUGCUCCAACUGUUAUUGCUUCUAGCCAACAUCGGCUAUGGAUCACGCCCAUCAUCAAUCAUCGCCACUGGAGAUGGCUCCCUAACCUAGUAAAAGGAACUGGAAGGUUGGUGCCAACUUCUGUCCCUUUGGCAGCAUUUUGGCCCUUUACUGAAUUGGGUGAAGUAUGA